AUGAACGUCAAAGACUUCUUCAAAAUGGCAUUGCUUGGCGUUUUCCUGAUUGUUCUGGUGGUUGUCUCGGUUGAUGCAAAGAAAGACGAAAGAGACUGUGAAGUGUGCAUUUCCACAAUUGCAAAGUUUAAAAAACAAACCCCAGAGGACCUCUUCAGUGAUCAAGAAGAGUUAGAAACUAAAUUCAGAGAGUUCUGCGAAAAAUUUCCAUCAGGAGGAAAGGAAAACAGAUUUUGUUAUUUUGUUGGAGGCACUAAAGAUGCUGCUACUGGUAUUCUAAACCAUGUGAUCAAGCCAUUGAGCUACCACCUUCCCCCAGAGAAGAUCUGUGAGAAACUGAAAGUUAUGGAUUCGCAGAUAUGUCAGUUACGUUUUGAUGUGAAACCUGACUUCUCAAAACUGAACAAGAUGAAAGUUGGUGAGCUGAAAAAGAUUCUCAGCAACUGGGGUGAGGACAUGGCAUGCAAGGGAUGUGUUGAAAAGCCCGACUUUGUGAAGAAGGUUCAAGAGCUCUUGCCAAAACAUGAGCCAGAGGAAUGGCGGAAGAUACAGGCUGUAGAGGGGGAGUUGUGA